AUGAUUAGUGUUGUACCUUUUGUUAAAGAGUAUAAUUAUCCAUGCUCAUAUUGUAGAUACUUGUUUGACUCAUGUACCCAACGAUUUGCGAAAAUGUCCAAAAGAAAUCAACCUAGUUGGACUCCGCCAGCGAGGCAGGAAAACGGCGCAGUUUUAAAAUUAUUUAAUAGUCUUACCAGACAAAAGGAAAUAUUCCAAUGCUCGAAAGGAAACCGCAUUAACUGGUACAGCUGUGGUCCAACAGUUUACGAUGCUUCACAUAUGGGACAUGCAAGGUCAUAUAUAUCAUUUGAUAUCUUAAGGCGAAUAUUGUCAAACUAUUUUGGUUAUGACAUACUAUUUGUAAUGAAUAUUACAGAUAUUGAUGAUAAGAUAAUAAAGAGAGCAAGGCAAAACUAUCUCUAUGAGAAAUAUAUAGAGGAGGAAAGAAGUUUGAAUAACUUAUUAGAUGAUGCAACCGUCGUUGUGGAUUACUAUGGAGAAGUAGUGAGAAAUACUGCUGAUCCAGAUAAGAAAACAUCCUUGCAAAAGCCCCUGGACAAUGUUGCAAACGCUGUGCAAAGACUAAAAUUAGCUGUGGAAACAAAGGAUGAAGAAAAAAUUUUUAUUGCUAAGACUGAAAUGCUUAAGUCAGCUAAGGAUCCCUUAUCUGAAUGGUUAGAUAGUAAAUAUGGAGCUGAUAUUAAGGAUAAUGCAAUAUUUGUGAAACUGUCUAGGCAUUGGGAGAAUGAGUUUCAUAAAGACAUGAAAGCCCUUAAUAUUCUACCCCCUGAUGUAUUAACAAGAGUAACUGAAUAUGUACCGCAGAUUGUAGCAUUUAUAAAGAAAAUCAUAGAUAAUGGCUUAGCGUAUGAGUCUAAUGGUUCUGUAUAUUUCAAUGUUUGUGAAUUUGACAACAGUGGGAAACAUCACUAUGCCCGCUUAGUACCUGAAGCAUAUGGAGACACUAAAAGUUUACAAGAAGGGGAAGGUGACUUGGCUGAUGAAAAUUCUGAAAAGAAAUCACCAAACGAUUUUGCCUUAUGGAAGAGGAGCAAAGCUGGUGAGCCUUCCUGGGAUUCGCCUUGGGGACAGGGGCGUCCAGGAUGGCACAUAGAAUGUUCUGCGAUGGCAGGCGAUGUCUUUGGCUCCAAAUUGGAUAUUCAUACAGGUGGUGUGGACUUAAAGUUUCCCCACCAUGACAAUGAAAUGGCGCAAAGUGAGGCAUAUUAUGAUGAACCUGGCUGGGUGAAUUACUUCCUUCAUACAGGACAUUUGACUAUAGCCGGAUGCAAGAUGUCAAAAUCUUUUAAGAACUUCGUAACAAUAUCGGAUGCACUGCAGCGCUAUACUGCUAGGCAGUUGCGUAUUGCUUUUCUAUUGCACAGUUGGAAUAACACCCUCGACUAUUCUGAUAAUACUAUGGAAAUGGCGAUACAAACGGAAAAAAUGUUCAAUGAGUUUUUCCUGACUGUGAAAGAUUCACUGCGUAAUGGAUAUGAUGAAGGCUGCGGAGGUGUCUGGGAUGAACAAGAACAGCAGCUCUCUGAUAAACUAUCUGCCGUAAAGGAACAGGUUCAUGAGGCACUUUGUGACAAUAUUGACACAAGAAGCGCGCUUGACGCGUUGCGCGAGCUCGUGGGAGCGGUGCACGUCUACCUUCGUAAUACCACGCCGCGCAAUUCACCCAUCCUUGCGGCCGCCGCGCGGUACGUCACCGACAUCCUCCAUAUAUUUGGCGCUAUCGAUGGUCCUCGAGGGCUUAUUGGCUUCCCAGUUGGUGACGCUACUAAUGCUGGUCUUGAGGAAGCAGUUAUGUCGUACUUAGAGGCUUUGAGCACUUUCCGUGGGUCGGUGCGGGAUGCAGCUCGCAGUGCUGGUGCCACAGAGGUGUUGGCUCUCUGCGAUGCGCUCAGAGAUGUAGUUCUACCCGAACUUGGGGUCAGACUGGAAGAUAAGCCAGACCGUACGAUAGUCAAACUAGUUAGCAAAGAAGAAAUCGCACGCGAACGAGAAGAGAAGAAACGUGUCGAGGCAGAAAAGCAAAAGAAGAAGGAGGAGUUGCUAAAGGCGCAGAAAGCAAAAGAGGAACAGAAGAAGAUACCACCACAGGAAAUGUUUCGACGCGAAACUGACAAGUACUCACAGUUUGAUGACAAGGGUCUCCCAACACACGAUCUCGAGGGUAAGGAGCUGAGUAAAGGCGCGCUAAAGAAACUACAGAAGUUACAACAGGCCCAAGAGAAGAAAUACAAUGAAUAUCUCGCUUCUCUUAAUAACUCGUGA